AUGAUGAGAAAUUACACCGUCACAACGUUCCUCCUCCAGGGCCUGACUGAUGACCCACAACUGAAGGUUGUGCUCCUCAUCUUUCUGUGUCUCACCUACAUGCUGAGUGUCACCGGAAACCUCACCAUCAUCUUUCUCACCACCGUGGAUCCACAACUGAAAACUGCCAUGUACUAUUUCCUACAAAAUUUCUCCUUCUUAGAAAUUUCAUUCACAUCUGCUUGUAUGCCCAGAUACCUGUACAGCCUAUCAACAGGGGACAAGACAAUUACAUACAACAGUUGCAUCACUGAAAUUUUUUUUACUGAUCUUUUUGCUGUAACAGAAUUCUUUCUGCUGGCCACCAUGUCCUAUGACCGNUAUGUGGCCAUCUGCAAACCCCUGCAUUAUGUGACCAUCAUGAACAGCAGGGUCUGUAGGAGACUCGUCCUUUGUUGCUGGGUGGCUGGUUUGUUGAUUGUAUUCCCACCACUUACAUUGGUCCUAAAUCUGGAAUUCUGUGACUCUAAUGUCAUUGACCAUUUUGGCUGUGAUGCAUACCCCCUCCUGAAGAUCUCAUGCUCAGAAACAUGGCUCAUAGAGCAGAUGCUUAUAGUCUGUGCUGUGUUAACUUUUGUCAUGACCCUGUUAUGUGUAGUUCUAUCUUAUAUAUACAUCAUUAAGACCAUUCUACAAUUCCCUUCUGCCAAGCAAAAGAAAAAGGCCUUUUCCACCUGCUCUUCCCACAUAAUCGUGAUUUCCAUCACCUAUGGCAGUUGCAUCUUCAUCUAUGUGAAGCCUUCAUCCAAGGAUUCAAUGGCUGUCAACAAGGGUGUGACCAUCCUCACCACCUCUAUCGCUCCUAUGCUGAACCCCUUCAUUUACACCUUAAGAAACAAGCAGGUGAAACAGGCCUUCAGUAACACAGUCAAAAGAAUUUCACUGUUCUUCAGAGAGUAA